GGCUCCGGAGGUGGAAGGGGCCGCGCUCGGUGGCCUCGUCGCCCGGCCCGUGUCCGGAGGUCGCGAUGGGAUGGGCCCGGACCCCGGCGGCCCGGACCCCCGGCGGAGGAGGCGGUGGCGGUGGCGGAGGCUGUGGCGGCUGUGGCGGUGUCGGUGUCCCCCGUGUCGGCCGGGCAUGAAGGCGUUCGGCCGUCGGGCCCUGGUGCUGGGCGCCGGCUACGCGCUGCUGCUCCUGCUGCUGCUCACCGCCCUCGGCCUGCUGGACCCCACCAGGCCCAAGCCCGACCCCAGGCUCGGCUGCGAGGUCCCGAGGGGCCCCGCCGGACCGGGACCCCUUCGCCUCCCGGAGCCCCGGGACCCCCUCGUCCCGCCCCCCCAGCCCCCUCACCCCCCGGACCCCCGGGACCCCCUCAUCCCGGCCCCCCAACCCCGUCAUCCCCUGGACCCCCUCAUCCCGCAUCCCCGGGACCCCCUCAUCCCGGGCCCCCAACCCCCUCCCCACCCCCCGGACCCCCUCAUCCCGGAGUCCCACCCCCCGGACCCCCUCAUCCCGGCCCCCCAGCCCCCUCGCCCCCCGGCCCCCGGCGUCCCAGGCCCCCUCGCCUCCGGCCCCUCGCAGAGGGCAGGCAGGCGUCGACUGGUGUACGUGUUCACCACGUGGCGGUCGGGCUCCUCGUUCUUCGGGGAGCUGUUCAACCAGAACCCCGACGUGUUCUUCCUGUACGAGCCCGUGUGGCACGUGUGGCAGAAGCUGUACCCCGGCGACGCCGUGUCCCUGCAGGGCGCCGCCCGGGACAUGCUCAGCGCGCUCUACCGCUGCGACCUGUCCGUCUUCCAGCUGUACGGGCCGGCGGGCGGCGCCGGCCGCAACCUCACCACGCUGGCCAUCUUCGGCGCCGCCACCAACAAGGUGGUGUGCUCGUGGCCCCUGUGCCCGGCCUACCGCAAGGACGUGGUGGGGCUGGUGGACGACCGGGUCUGCAAGAAGUGCCCGCCGCAGCGCCUGGCCCGGCUGGAGGAGCAGUGCCACCGCUACCGCGUGCUGGCCAUCAAGGGCGUGCGGGUCUUCGACGUGGCCGUGCUGGCGCCGCUGCUGCGGGACCCGGCCCUGGACCUCAAGGUCAUCCACCUGGUGCGCGACCCCCGGGCCGUGGCCAGCUCGCGCAUCCGCUCGCGCCACGGCCUCAUCCGCGAGAGCCUGCAGGUGGUCCGCAGCCGGGACCCGCGCGCCCACCACGUGCCCUUCCUCGAGGCGGCGGGCCACAAGGCGGCCGCCAAGAAGGAGGGCCGGGCCGGGCCCGGGGGCGCGGCCGACUACCACGCCCUGGGGGCCAUGGAGGUCAUCUGCGGCACCAUGGCCAAGACCCUGCAGACCGCCCUGCGGCCCCCGGACUGGCUGCGGGGCCGCUACCUGGUGGUGCGCUACGAGGACCUGGUGGGCGACCCCGUCAAGACCCUGCGCCGCGUCUACGGCUUCGUGGGGCUCCUGGUCAGCCCCGACAUGGAGCGGUUCGCCCUCAACAUGACCAGCGGGUCCAGCUCCUCCUCCAAGCCCUUCGUCGUGUCGGCCCGCAACGCCACCCAGGCGGCCAGCGCCUGGCGCACGGCCCUGACCUUUCCGCAGAUCAAGCAGGUGGAGGAGUUCUGCCACCAGCCCAUGGCUCUGUUGGGCUACGAGCGGGUCAGCGGCCCCGAGGAGGUCAAGGACCUGAGCAAGACCCUGCUCCGGGAGCCGCGCCUCUGAGGGACCGGGGCUGACCGCCUCCCCGCCCCGAGCCGGGGCCCGGGACCCCCGGGGCGGUGCCCGUCUGGGGGGCGCGCCACGCGCUCGGGAUCCCUGGUUGGAGUCGUGGGGUCCGAGGAUCAGCCGGGUCCGGGUCGCGGAGACUCCCCCGAUCCCGCCCCGCCUCCCCUUCAGACGGCCGAAGUCUCACCCACGACCCAUCUGUGGUUUUUCGGUAGCGGCGGCGAACCUGCACGGGCCCUCGGCCCCCCGCUCCCUGCCCGGGGAGGCGGUCGAGAGAGGUCGGAGGUUGGAGGAGGCGGCCGCAGGGAGGAAGAGGAAGAGGAGGAGCUGGGGCAGCCCAGAGGCGCCCAGCAGGAGUGAACUUUGGUGUGAAAAUCAAAGGUGACAAGGUCCGAAUAAAAAUAAAUGAUAUUCAUUUUUUUAA